AUUGUCGCUGACCCGGCUCAGCCUGUGCCUCCUUUUCCACCACUUCUUUUUUCCCUUUGCCGCCCGCUCUUCUCCUCGUUCAGAACGCCUUGCUUCCUACGUAUCUGUUGAUACCUACCCCUCACCAACCUCCCCGCCAGCUGAGCGCGCCCGAUAGGCACCCCCAAGCCUCACCUUCCGCCCCCCAAAACACGCCCGCCGCAGUCGUAUAACUGCACACCGGCUUGCCCAUCAUGAUGACCAACAUGCUCAACAAGCUGCACGGCCAGCCCGACAGCUAUGAUCGCAAAUCACGAUACCGCUUCGGAAAGACACUGGGCGCCGGAACGUACGGUAUUGUCAGGGAGGCCGACUGUCCCGAGGGCAAGGUCGCCGUCAAGAUUAUCCUCAAGAAGAAUGUCCGCGGAAACGAGCAGAUGGUCUACGACGAGCUGGAGAUGCUGCAGCGCAUGAAACACCCGCACAUUGUCAAGUUCCACGACUGGUUCGAGUCAAGGGACAAAUACUACAUUGUAACCCAAUUGGCAACUGGUGGAGAGCUCUUCGACCGCAUCUGUGAAAAGGGAAAGUUCACAGAAAAGGACGCAGCCGAGACGAUUCGACAGGUGCUCGACGCAGUCAACUAUCUUCAUGAGAACAAUGUGGUACACAGAGAUCUUAAGCCAGAGAACCUUCUCUAUCUCACACGCGACGAGAACUCUUCACUUGUACUUGCUGAUUUCGGUAUCGCCAAGAUGCUCGACUCCAAGACCGAAGUCCUAACCACCAUGGCUGGCUCAUUCGGAUACGCUGCUCCUGAGGUGAUGCUCAAGAAGGGCCACGGAAAGCCCGUCGACAUGUGGUCUAUGGGAGUCAUCACAUACACACUGCUCUGCGGAUAUUCACCAUUCCGAUCAGAGAACCUUGCGGAUUUGAUUGAGGAAUGCAAGAAUGGCCGCGUCAUUUUCCACGAGCGCUACUGGAAGGAAGUCAGCCCAGAGGCCAAGGAGUUUAUCAAGAAUCUACUGGAGCCCGACCCAGCCAAGCGACCGACAAGCGAAGCUGCCCUCAAGCACGUAUGGCUCAGUGGAAAAACCGCCACGGAUCACAACUUGGUGCCAGAGAUCAAGGCAUACGCGGCAAAGGCUCGCCUCAGGCGCGGUAUCGAAUUGGUCAAGCUUGCAAACCGCAUUGAAGCGCUCAAGAUGCAGGAAGACGAGGAGGAAGACGUGCCUGGCGAGGCUGACGUGCCUGCCAAUGCGCGCGAGGCUGCAGGCGAAGCCCUUUCUGGACAUUCAGACAAGAGCUCGGAGAGCAAGGAGACGUCGGGCACAGGCAAGGGGCCUGGGCGUCUGAGCAGAAUUGCAAAGGGAGCCAUCUUCCGAGAAGUUGUGCUUGCCAAGGUGCGCGAGAUGAAGGAGCAGGAGGCGCGAGCAGAGUUUGAGAAGAACGCAACAUCAGAAAAGGCAGCAAGCAAGUAAAGGGGCGUGUCGGGCAGUCUUUUUCCUUGUUGCUGAGGUGUUGUCACAAACACGAUGGAUGGGUUUGCUGCGGUAUUAGCGGAGGGUCUCAUUGUUCCAUGUAUACCCCUGAGAGACAGCAGCCAGGACACCGCGCCUAGUAGCUCUUGAAUGGUGAUAUCAGUGUUUGUAGUUUCAAAUUGGGGGGGACAGUGUAUGUGUAGUGAUUGCUUUUAUUGG